AUGACCGACGCGGUGGUCGAGGUGGCGAUGACCGACGCGGUGGUCGAGGUGACGAUGACCGACGCGGUGGUCGAGGUGACGAUGACCGACGCGGCGGUCGGGGUGAUGACGACCGACGCGGCGGUCGGGGUGACGAUGACCGACGCGGUGGUCGAGGUGACGAUGACCGACGAGGCGGUCGCGGAGAUGAUGACCAUCGACGGGAUGACGAUGGUCGCGGCGGCGGAAGAGAUGAUGACGGAAAUGGUGGAGGCAAUGGUGGAGGAGGCAACGGUGGUGGAGGAAACGGUGGAGGAGGCAACGGUGGUGGAGGAAACGGAGGGCGCGAUGACGAUGGUGCCAGACCUGGAGAUUGGGACUGGGAGUAUGUUCCUAUUUAGGCAGCUGGGAUCUCUUCCCAGAAACUGGCUGCAAAGCAGUCAGCAUUGCGAGCAACGCCAAAGAUGCCAGUUUUCGGAGAUGAGACAACUUACUCAUCUCAUUAGCCAAAGGUUGCCUGCAUCGCGUGCUGCAGUCGCUUAG